CUGACUUCCAAAAUUCAUUCCCCGUCAAUAUAAGCUGGAUUGCAUUUCGUUACGCGUGAGUGUCAUUGUCCAAGACCGUGUAUAUAUACUUAUAAGGUCGAUGCGAGAAGUUCGGUACAGUCUACUUGUUUUACUUGUGGAGCUUGCGAUUUUCUCCAAUGGCUCUUACGCGGUUUCUCAUCCUUGGCAUCAUUUUCUUUAUACUAAAUGGUGAACCUGUGGAUGCUCAGACUGAUAAUCGGAAGGCAUAUAUAGUGUACAUGGGAGACAGAGGACAGAACGAGCCUUUCGCGUCAGCAUCUCUUCACAUGAGCAUGCUCCAAAAAGUUGCAGGGAGCAAUAAUAAUGUUGGACCAGGAUCUCUACUCCGCAGCUACAAGAGAAGUUUCAAUGGAUUCGUUGCCAGGCUAACUGAGGAAGAAGCACAACAAAUGGCUGAAACGGAGGGAGUAGUGUCAGUGUUCCCCAGCGAAAAACAGAAGCUGCAUACAACAAGGUCAUGGGACUUCAUUGGAUUUCCACAGACAGUUAAAAGAAGUACAACCGAAAGUGACAUUAUUAUUGGUGUUCUUGACACUGGGAUUUCGCCUAAAUCCCAGAGCUUUGAUGACAAAGGUUUUGGUCCACCCCCUAAAAAAUGGAAAGGCUCAUGCCAAGUCUCCGGCAAUUUCACUUGUAACAACAAAGUCAUUGGAGCCAAGUUUUACCGCAGCGAUGGGUCAUUUGAAGAGGAAGAUGUUAAGUCGCCGAUGGACACUGAAGGCCAUGGGACACACACAGCAUCGACAGCAGCCGGGGGAUUAGUAAGCGGUGCAAGUUUUUUUGGACUAGCCUCGGGCACGGCAAGAGGAGGAGUCCCGAUGGCUCGUGUCGCCGCCUACAAAGUCUGCUGGUCCGACGGUUGUAGUGAUGCAGAUAUUCUGGCAGCGUUUGAUGAUGCAAUCGCGGACGGUGUCGACAUAAUAUCGGUUUCUCUUUCAUCCGGUUCUUCGGAUUACUUCAAAAAUGCCAUCGCCAUUGGAGCUUUUCAUGCUAUGAGGCAAGGAGUUUUGACGUCCGUCUCUGCUGGAAACGGAGGUCCGGGCCUAGAGACUAUCACAAACUUUGCACCUUGGGUUCUUUCCGUGGCUGCUUCAACCACAGACAGGGACUUCUUCACCAAACUUCAAUUGGGUAACAACGUGUCCUACAUGGGAUAUGCAAUAACUACUAUGGACCUCAAGAAUUUGCCUAUAAUAUACGGUGGAGAUGCACCAAACACUAAAGAAGGUUUUGACGGCUCAUCUUCUAGAUAUUGCAGAACAGGCACGUUAGACAAGGAUAUGGUGAUGGGUAAAAUCGUAUUUUGUGAUAGUUUUACGCCUGGGGGAGGAGCGUUAUUGGCUGAGGCAGCUGGUGUUGUGAUGUCUGGCCGAGAUCUUGGAGAGACUUCAGAUGUAUUUCCCUUGCCCACUGCGUACCUCACUCUAGAGGAUGCUAGCAAAACUUACAUAUACAUGAACUCCACUAGAAAUCCAAUUGGAACAUUAUCCAAAAGUAAUCAAGAAAUCAAUAAGUUGGCGCCUGUGAUAGCUUCCUAUUCGUCUAGGGGCCCAAACCCAAUUAAUCGUAACAUUCUCAAGCCUGAUUUAACAGCGCCAGGGACGAACAUUUUAGCUGCGUGGUCCCAAGUAGCCUCAAUCUCAGGUUAUGAAUUGGACAAAAGAGUUUCUGCAUUUAACAUAAUUUCUGGGACAUCAAUGUCUUGUCCACAUGCUUCGGCUGCAGCGGCAUAUGUCAAGUCAUUUCAUCCGACAUGGUCCUCUUCUGCUGUUAAGUCGUCCCUUAUGACUACGGCUAAUCCCUUGAGUGCCCACCUUCAUCCUGAUGCUGAGUUUGCCUACGGAGCCGGACAAGUAAACCCUAUUAAGGCUGCAUUCCCUGGCUUAGUAUACGACGUCGUUGAAGCUGAUUACGUAAACUUGCUAUGUGGACAAGGUUACACAACAAAGUUACUACAAAUAGUUACCGGAAACAGUAAUAGCUCAUGCCCUGCAAAUCGUGGAACUAGUCUGGACCUCAACUAUCCCGCCUUUGUCACAUCAGUCUCACUUGCACAAUCUAUCAAUAAAGUUUUUAAUAGGACUGUCACAAACGUUGGGUCACCAACUUCCACAUAUGAAGCUAAGGUGGUUCCCCCACCAGGAUUUAAAGUCGAAGUGAACCCAAGUGUUCUUCACUUCACAACCCUUGGAGAAAAACAACCCUACUCUUUGACCGUACAAGGAAUUAAUGUAGAUAAGAAAAUUGUGGUAUCUGGCUCACUGAUGUGGGAUGAUGGUACUUACCAAGUGAAUAGCCCUAUUGUUGUCUAUAUGGCAACCUAAUAACGAGUUGGCGAUUGUGGAAAAAGAAAUUUCAAAGGAAGUCAUAUUUUGGAAGUGGGGCCACUAAUUAUGUUAUAUGGACAUGAUUAACAUAUCCAUAAAAUAAAAGAAAGGGAACAAGCCAUCUAUAUAUAUAUAUAUAUAAGUUGCUUGGAAAUCAAAGCCCUUAUUUGUUGCUUUUUGUUAUUUUUUCAUAUGUCGUAUUUUUUAUGUACUUUUCCAUUCAUUACAAGGUACUAAAUUAUCAUUUAUAUCUUCA